CUGUUUUGCUUAAAAAACUUUGUCUUACAGAGUAUAUCAUCUCAACAACAUCAGCAGCAAAUAUCCCCAACUCAUCACAGUCAGCCAGCUCCUGGGAUAUAUGGUCGAGAAGGCCCAUCGCAGAAUGCGGUUGGCAUGACAAACAACAGCAUGGAUUAUUCAUCGUCUGAUGCUUGGCCUGAGGAUCUUUCUGGACUUUCAAUCAGCGAUGAUCCGUUUGCAACGAUGUUCACACAGCAAUUCGAUUCACCACCACAGCAAAGGCACCAUCCGCGUCAAUCGUAUCCCACGGGUCGAGGAGGAGGACACGGAACAACAGCAGUAACGGCAUCUACGGAUCUGUAUUGUUGUCCGGGACCUCCGAAUAUUGGCGGCAGUGAUCAACCAAUGGAAAGUGUCCAUAUGGGUAGUCCGGAGCCGACCACAUGGCCUGAUCCGGCAACAGCUUGCAGUAGUUUUGGAGAUUUUCCAAUGUAG